UGGAAGAAAGUAAAGAGUCUUUGUGUCUCUCUCUCCCCUCCUGAGUCCUCUGUUCUUGGAUUCCGCUUGCGCUUCUUACACGGAUCGAAAGUCUCAUUCUUUUCUUUUCUACAGUCCAAAGAAACUGGUGCUUCUAAUGCAAUUGACUGACUGAUUGAUACGGAGGAAGGAAGCACUGAUCGAUAAGAAUGUCGAGAUUCAGAGACAGGGCAGAGGAUUUCAAGGACUCUGUCCGGAAAGCCGCUGUUUCUGAUGGCUAUAACGAGUCUAACAAUGGCUUCUUUCAUCAUACACAAACCAAAGGAGACAUCUCCUUUCACCACAACUGCUUUCAAAACAGUAACCCUUAUUAGCCGAUUCAAUCAUUAUUAGGGCUUGUGUGAUGUUGUUGUCAAUGAAGCUGGAAAGCAUCAAGGAGUUGGAUCAGUUCAUGUUGAAACAUCGAAAAGAUUAUGUUGAUAUGCACCGGACUACCGAACAUGAAAAAGAUAGCAUUGAACAAGAAAUUACAGCUUUUAUUAAAGCUUGCAAAGAACAGAUCGAUAUCUUGAAAAACAGCAUUAGAAACGAAGAAGCGAACUCCAAAGGAUGGCUCGGCCUCGCAGCUGAUAGCUUCAAUGCCGAUACUAUAGCACACAAACAUGGAGUGGUUUUGAUUCUGAGCGAGAAGCUUCAUUCGGUUACUUCACAGUUUGACCAGCUCAGAGCUACUCGUUUCCAAGGUAUCAUUAACAGAGCUAUGCCGAGAAGAAAACCUAAGAGGAUCCGUAAGGAAGCUAGUCCAGUUAACGCAACUCCGGAGCCCAUUGAAGCUGAUGAAGUUCAGUCCCAGCCUCGUAGGGUACAACAGCAACUUGUAGAAGAUGAAACACAAGCCCUUCAGAUGGGGCUAGGCAGACGGAGACUAAGAUGGUGGAGAUGUCUGCGUUGAACCACUUGAUGGCAACUCAUAUUCUGCAACAAGCCCAACAGAUUGAGGUUUUAUAUGACCAGGUAAAGGACUUAGUUACUCCUACUCAGUCUCUCUUUUUGUGUGUGUGUGCCUUGUGUCCUGUUUCUCACUCAGCAUGACACUAAAAACGUGGAGCUUGGAAACAGAGAGCUUUCUCAAGCAAUCCAACGUAACAGUAGCAGCAGAACCUUUCUCUUACUGUUUUUCUUCGUGCUUACUUUCUCUGUUUUGUUCUUAGAUUGGUACAGUUAAAGUAGAGACCCAUUCAGUAAAAAUUUGGAAAGUUGUUUGAUUUUAGCUUUUCAACCUUCGAGUAAAACUUUUUUA